UUGAAUCUCACGUCUAAUCAAAGGGUUUUUAUUUUUAUUUUAUUUUUGUUGUAAACGAAAAGCCGGAAUCAAAAUAAUAAACAUAAAUUUCAUUGUGGAAAAAGAGUUUCGCGUUAAAACCGUUUCAUUCACAAAUGUGGUGAAGUUGAAGACUGUGAAAAUGAAUGUUGAACGUGAAGUAAAUGUAUUGUUGCCAGAAUUCAAAAACAAUGAAAAUAAAAAUGAUGAUUUAUUAACGGAGUUUGUGGACACGAUGGAAAGGAAUUUUCUAUGCCAUUUGUGUUCAAAGACAUUUCGUCUAAAACAUCAUUUGUUGGAGCAUUUAAAAGUGCACAACAAUGAAAAAGAGUAUCUGUGUAAGAUUUGUGGGCGACCGUUUCGACAGAAGAGUCAUUUGACCCAACACAAUAAAAUUCAUACCGGCAAAAAGGAAUUUAAGUGCGAAUGGUGUUCAAAGCAAUUUAUGCAUCGCGGAGAUUUAAAACGUCAUUGGAAAACACAUCGUACACAAUUACCGUUUCGGUGUACAUUUUGUACUGAUCGAUUUGCGGAUUGUGUUGAAAAGCAAUCACAUGAAACCGUAUGCAGAAGUCGACGGUUCACGUGUUCAAUAUGUGAUUUUGAAACCGACACCAAUGAUGCAUUGAAUGUGCAUAAAAAUAAGCACAUCGGCGAAAGACGAUUCAUAUGUGAAAAAUGCCCAAAGGCAUUUCGCAUGAAACAUCAUCUCACCGAACAUUUGCGAACACACGGCGAUGGCAAUCAAUUAAAUCGAAAAUUUCAAUGCAAUAUUUGCGAGAAAGCGUUCGCAUUGAAGAGCCAUUUGAAUAUACAUAUGAAAUAUCACAAUGGUAGCCGUGAAUUUAUAUGUUCGCUUUGCACGAAGGCAUUUGUACACAGAGGCGAUCUUAAUCGCCAUUUAAAAACGCAUGAAAAUGCCGUUUCGGUGGUUGAACCAGCCGUUAAAUUUUUAGAAGUCAUUGUCAAAGAGGAACCAAGACUAGUGGAGACAGAUGAAGUGAAUGCAACGAUCAAAAGAGAAUCAAGACUUGAAUCGGAUGAAAAUCAUGCUAAUCUUAAUAAAACAUUUGAAAAAAUUGAUGAAGAUGAUGAUGAUGAUGACAACGAUGACGACAACGACAGAAAUGAAACAUUCGAAUCAUUCGAUCAUGUUGACGACAGUGAUGAUGAAUUCGAUCAAAAAUUAAUGGGUAGCACAGAAUGUGAAUCAAACGAUGAAAAUCUUCAAAUAAAGGAAGAAAAUAAGCAAAUUAAUGAAGAGAAACCAUUACCUUUGAUCAUUACAAAAGUUGAAACACUAACAGAAGAAAUACCAAAAACACGAAAAAAAUCACGAACAAAAGUUAAAAGAAAAUUGUCUCGCAAUGGCGUGAAAGGUGUUAAAAAAAAGACCCAACAGAAACAAGAAGAUACUCAAAAAGCACAACAAUCCAGUCAAUCGCAUAAGAGAUUUGUGUGCGACAUUUGUCAGAAAGAUUUUCGAAUGAAACAUCAUCUGGUCGUUCAUUUGGUGACACACACCGGCCAAAAGAAUUAUCAAUGCGAAGUGUGUUCGAAAAGCUUUGCUCAAUCUAGUCAUCUUUCCCUGCAUCUCAAAACACAUACCAAAACAUAUGCGUUCCCAUGUUCGCAUUGUUCAAAGCGCUUUCUCCAUCGUGGUGAUCUACAUCGUCAUUUGAAAACCCAUCGAGAGCUGCCAUUUUCGUGUAUUUCUUGCAGCCGUCGAUUUUCGGAUGAAAAAUCCAAGGAUUUACAUGAAAAAUUAUGCACCAGCCAAUUGCAUAAAUGUCCAUUGUGUGAUUAUAUUACGACCACUCGUAGCCGUUUAAAAACUCACAUGGUGAUCCAUACGGGUGAAAAAGCAUUCCAAUGCGAACUUUGUUCGCGCAGAUUUGCCUAUAAACAAAAUUUGGACAAUCAUUUAAAAAUACAUUCGGGUGAAAAGCCAUUUGAAUGUGAGCAGUGUUCAAGGCCAUUCAGAUUAAAAGUGCACUUGCAGCGUCACAUGAAAACGCAUAACAAAUAACGUUAAAUUUUCACUGAAACCUAAUGACAUUGUAAUAUAAAACAGCUCAGGCCAACAAUAAAACAAA